UCCACCGCAAAAGGAGCUGCCAAAAUGUCCUUCUCAGGAAAAUAUGAGCUUCUGAGCAGAGAGAACUUUGAGCAAUUCAUGAAAGCCAUCGAAGUCCCAGAUCAAAUGAUUCAAAAAUACAAAGCCAUGAAAAGUAUCACUGAGAUCAGUCAAAACGAAAAUCACUUUGAUUGCAAAGUCACAACUGGAGAUGAUGUGGUUAACAAUGUAUUUACCAUCGGACAAGAAACUGAGUUUGUAACAGUUGCAGGCAUGAAAGUGAAGUCCGUAGCAAAUUUUGAUGGUCCAAACAAGAUUGUUGUCAAAUUGGAUGCAGUAACAUUGGUUACAGAAGUGAAUGAGGACAAACUAAUUGAUAAAAUCUCGGUUGGAAAUAUCACCUACACAAGAAUCAGUAAAAGAAUAUAAAAUGGAUUGUCUUGAAAUUAACAUACUUGUCUUGUUUGAGUCAAUUCAAAUAAAA